GAAUUCGAGGGCGGGGGUGUAAAAUAGGUUGUAAACACUACUUUUCCUAUAUGGCUUAUUGGAUACCUUCAUUAUCAUUUAAUGAUGUUCACAUUGAAUCUAUUUUUUCGUACAAUUUACAGUGGAUCAAAGAGGAGUGUAGUUUAGCUUCUUCUUUUUUUUAUUCAUGCACAAAUAUAUGUUCACUUUCCUACUGGUACUUCAGCAUAACAGUAAUUGUUUUGGGGUUAUAUACAUAAAUGACAUUGGUCACAUCGAUGAUUUUUCUUUCUAACCUUUUUCCUCAGUGCUCAAUAUCAAAUGGGUAGCGUGGUCAAAGAACACGUCGUUUGAGACGUUUUACGUCUAUUAGCGCAUUUCUCAUGUGGACCUUUCGGAAAGCCUCUAGAUCUGAUACUUCAAAAUGGGCAACCUAAGGAGUUGGAUGACAACAAUUUUAACAUUGAUUUUGACAACUUCUGCUAUAAAGGGUGUAAGGUUUAGGUGGGCGUACGGAAAUAGUCUUGGCAAUCAGGAACCCUCCAAAACUUCCAUGGGCUCGCGGGGAGGGAGUUCAUUAUGGCAGGAAGAUGUGUACAAUGUGUGGGCAUUUGGUGGACAAGGAAGGUAUAAUGGACAAUCAACACUGAAGAACGAUCUCUGGAAGUAUAACACCAACGACAGGAAGUGGACAUUGGAGCACCCCGGGUCUGAUAAUGUAGACAUAUCCGCCAAAAAUAAGAACAGAGCACCUGUUCCUAGGAAGUUUACAGCAAUGUGCGGGGCAGCUCACUCAGUGAUUGUUGUGUAUGGGGGGAUGAAUAAGAAUAAGCAGGUGCUUGGAGACACUUGGGUCUUUGCCCUAAAGGAAAAGGAAUGGUUGCCACUAUCAGAGAUGCUGAAGAAGCUUAGAAAUGAAAGCAUUGGAGAGUCACCCAGUCCCAGAGCAGAUGCUGUUGUGUGGUGUAUGCAGACAAAAUUGAUGAUUUUUGGAGGAAUUUCAGAAACUUUUGACCAGUUAGAUGAUAUGUGGGAAUUCAGCCUGAUUGAUCUCAAGUGGCGACAGGAAAAAUUGUCAUCUGAACUUCACAGGGAAGGCAUCAUUCGUCCAAGUGUUGUUUAUCCAGCAGGCCGUAGCGGGGCAGCAUCUUGGGUGGGUCAUAAUCAACAGCUAUACAUGUUUUCAGGAAAUGUGAAAAACAAAAACAAAAUUGAUUCUCAUCACAAUGCAGGAUUUUCAACUGAUUUAUGGAAUUUUGACUGCAAGAAAAACACUUGGACUGUAGUGAUGGGGAAUCCAAAUAAAUGCAUUGAAGGAUAUUAUGGGAAGAAAGGAUAUGCUAACGAGAAAAACAUUCCAGGAUGUAGAAGGGGGACUGUGAGCUGGACAGAUAGUGAGGGGCAUUUGUGGAUGUUUGGGGGAGAAGGAGCAUCCUCAGACCCCAGAACAAUCUCUAAAGAAAUGCCAGAUGUCAUUCUAAAUGACCUUUGGUAUUUCGACCUAGACUACAAAAUGUGGUCAUGGAUGGGUGGUUCCAAUAAAGCCAGUGACCCAGGAAGUUAUGGUACAGCAGAUAAUGAGUUCGAAAGGGGAAGAUAUCCAAGCUGUCGUACUGAUGCCAUGUCUUUCAAUAUGUGGAACGAGUUGUAUGUAGUUGGUGGGAUUGGACAUGACUCAUCGAAGGCUUUUAGUUUGCUGGAUGAUGUGUGGGGCAUUGAUGUCCAUAACGAGGUUAAUUAUAGAAAUUCCGCCCUGCCCAGCUCUGUGUUUAUGCUGAUUUUUUUCUUUGUUGGUUUGGUGCUGUUUGUAGUCAUUACCUUUAUGUUUGUUCGUAAGUAUUUUGCAGUGAACAACCAAAAAUCCAAGAACUAUAAUGUACAAUACUCCAGGCUUCGGGGGGAAGAAGAUUAGGAGCUGUUCGCCUUGUUCACAUUUGAAGUCAUAAUAAGAAUGGGUAAAAAAGAUUUUUUAUUAGCCUUAAAUUUUUUGUAUGUGUUGUUCAAUGUCAAAAUAUUCAUUCGAUUUUUUCCCCUUAUCAAUGGAAGACAGCUCCUACUAAAGCAUUCGAUAAACUGUGAUAGUAAAACCGACCAAGAUAUUGAAUUCUACAUCUAUAUCAGGUCAAUUUCCCCAAAGUUAAACACUUGAAUAAAAUGACUGAUGUGUAUCUAAUUACUAUGAAUGCUAAUCAUAAACCAAAGAUUUAGAUCUCCGAGCCAGUAGCACAUGAAUAUCAACUUAUUUGAAUUUUCACUCACAAAACUGUAGCUACCGUAAACAGUUUUUGUAUUAUGCAUCAAAUUUUAUUUGUUUAUUUUUAUAUAUGGCAUAUUAAGAACAAAAAACCCACCUGCAUUGAAGGCUGACAGUUUAUUCAAGUCAGCCUGUACAUGUGAAAUCCUAAUCUUUGUACAAUCAUAUCAAAAUAUUUUGAUUGCUCAUAUCUUUAUUUAUACUUGUACACAUUUUCAUAUUAGAUUGUAUCGUAUUUAAUUCUAGUCCCAUUCAUAAGUUAAUCACUGUGAAAGAUUUAAAUGCACUACAAUGAAGAGCCAUAUUGUCGACACAAAGCAAAUGUGCAUUUCGUAUUUGAUAUAAAAAAAACAUAGUUACAGCAAACAUGUUUAUAAUGAAUUCACACUUACGAGUGAUUUUCAUUACCGGUAGUUUUAAAACAUAUUUAUACAUGUAUGAACUCACUGGGUGUUACAAAUUAUGUUUAUAACGAAUCAAAAUUUGUUCAUCCCUAGCAUUUCGUAAUGAGCCUGUUUUACUAUACAGUCUGAAAAAUAAUGGUAUUAUCAGUAGGAUUUGUAUUAUCAGUAGUAGGAUUUGUAUUAUCAAUAGUAGGAUUUGUAUUAUCAGUAGGAUUUGUAUUAUCAGUAGGAUUUGUAUAUAUCUGGAUACCUCAACUUCUCAAUGAUAUAUAUCUUGGGAACAAAUUAUUUUGGCUCAUUAUUUUUGUAAUAGACCAUGCAAUUUGGUUAUCGGGAUACUUCAUGUAUCCUGCCUCGGACCUAAGUGUCCGGAUUAAUCGGGAUACUUCAUGUAUCCUGCCUAGGACCUAAGUGCCCGAAUGAAUGAGACUAGCCUGUAUUUACAGUCACAUACUAACGAUAAUCCAAGUGCAGUGUAUUGACUGUUGAUGCAAGUUUAUCGUAUUAUGUCUCAGAUUGCCUUCACUGUAAACUUGAACGACGUUGAUGACUGCUGUGUACUUGGGAUAACAAAGUGUCAGAUAUUAUCCUAUCGUAUAUUUUGUAAUAUCUGACACCUGCUUUUACUGCAUCCUGUGUCUUGGUUAUUGGUGAAAAUUGUCACAUUACUUUUUGUUUAAGAAUUCAAAAAGAAACAUUGGUUGCAUAUUUCAAUAAUAUACACCUUCAUGCCAUAAUUUAUAGCAUAAUUAUCCAUUUAUGGCACUACGCUGUGGGAUAUUUAAACGCCCUGUAUUGGACAAGAAAUAUACAAUAUUUCUUUGUCCUUGGGUGUAGCAAACUCACUUUUAAACUGUAUUGUACAUUUUCUGGGUACUGUUAAGAACUCUUUUUCCUACAUAUGACUAUUCACCCAUCUUGACCUGGUUCAUGAAGAAAAUGAGACAAGGUUUCGGGUUUGUGAGUCGAAUCACCAAAAUUUUCACAUACGGUAAAACACGCUUAUAAUGAAUAUGCUUGUAACAAAUUAACACUUAUUACAAAGUGAUAUUUAUUCUCAUGAGAGAAAAAUAACAAAAAUGCUAUUGGAUAUAACAAAAAUAUAAUGAACUUGUUUUUUUUUUCCCCUGGCCCUGGAGGUGUGCUAUAAUCAUGUUUUACUGUAGUUUUAGAAACUGUGAUGGAGAUUUGAUUCUUUUAUCAAUAUGUUAGUCCCAGUUAACACAGUGACUGUUAUUUUGUAUGUGAUAAUAAUUUUUUUUACAGUGGACUGUAGUAUACUGUAGUAUAGAAGGCAUAUUGCAUUCAGAUUUGUCCCUCCGCAGCUAGUCUGAAGGUGGGUUAAUACACUAAAUCUGUAUUGUUGAAAGCUUUAACCAGAAACUCCUGUCAAAUUAAAAUUGUUGUUGAAUCUUGUAUACAUUUUCUAUUACUAUCAUAACUUGUUAUAAUUGAUUCUGUGUACAUUUUGUAUUGUUUUUAUAUGGUGUUAAAUAAACAUGUCAAACCGAA